AUGCGGCCUACAUCCGCGCUGCCUCUGUCACUGGCCGGGAUUUGCUUCUCGGCCUUGGUAUCGGCGACGGCAUGGUCCGACUACGACGUGAACCUCACUCCUCGAUCCUUUUCCGCCUUUGAUAACCGGCCGCCCGGGUGUCCACCUUGUUUCAACUGCCAACUUGAUUCCUACAACUGCACCCAUUUCGCACCUUGCAAUACUUUCAAUGGAAAAUGUGCCUGUCCAGCGGGUUUCGGUGGUGAUGACUGCUCGGAACCCGUGUGCGGCUCCCUGGCCGACGGCGACAACCGACCGGUGCGAACCAGCCCGUCGUGCAAGUGCAAGGAUGGAUGGGAGGGCAUCAACUGCAACGUUUGUCGCACAGAUGAUGCCUGUAGUGCCAUGAUGCCCGAGGGCCAAGGGGGCGUAUGUUAUAAACAGGGUGUCACCGUCAAAGAGAAUUUCCAGAUGUGCGAUGUCACCAACCGGAAGAUCCUCGAUCAGCUGGAUGAUCGCAAGCCGCAGGUCACCUUCUCCUGUGCAGCCGAGGACAAUACAUGCAACUUCCAGUUCUGGGUGGACCAGAAAGAAUCGUUCUACUGUGGCUUGGACACCUGCGAAUGGAACAUCGAGACCGACCACGACUCGAAUUCGACACACUAUAAAUGCGAUAACAUGCAGUGCAAGUGUAUCCCGGGCCACUUCCUCUGUGGCGAGAAUGGAUCUAUUGAUCUCGGAGCUUUUCUAAGCCAAGUCAUCAAAGGACCGGCCACGUUUUCGACCAAGUCGACCAAAGACGGCACCAAAAGCGUGUUCUCAGAGCCCGAGAUGAACAAGCUCAUCAGUGGGGUCUUUGGAGACCCAAGCAUUUUCCUGUCGUGCAACUCUGGGGAAUGUAUCUACAAGACCGAUGUUCCAGGGUAUGAGCGCCCCGUGAAGAAAAUCAAUACGCCGCUGAUCGCGGGCGUGAUCGCUGGGUGUGCGCUGUUUGUGGUGGCUGUCAUUUUGACUGUUUGGUAUCUGUCCCGUCGAGCUGCGCACCGCGGCUAUCUUCGUCUUUCCGUCUCGGAUGAAUCAGACGACGAAGCCGCCAAGCUUCUGGCGGGGCACCGGCGUGCUGCUUUAUACUGGGACAAUGUGUCGUACUACUUGAACGGGAAAGAAAUUCUGUCCGACAUUCAAGGCUCCUCUGCGCCGGGGCAGAUUACAGCUAUCAUGGGAGCAUCAGGCGCAGGAAAAACAACCUUCCUGGAUAUUCUCGCACGAAAGAACAAACGGGGCGUAGUCCAUGGUGAUUUCUAUGUCAACGGCGAGAAGGUCAGCGACCAUGAUUUCAAGAGUAUGACUGGCUUUGUCGACCAAGAAGACACCAUGCUGCCUACCCUGACGGUCCAUGAAACUAUUUUAACGAGUGCCCUGCUGAGACUGCCACGGGACAUGAGCCGAGCUUCCAAGGUACAGAGGGUGUUCGAAGUUGAAAAGCAACUCGGGAUUUACCAUAUCAAGGACCAGUUGAUUGGCUCGGAGGAAGGUCGAGGUCGCGGCAUCUCGGGUGGAGAGAAGCGUCGCGUUGGGAUUGCCUGUGAGCUGGUUACCAGUCCCAGCAUCCUCUUCUUGGACGAACCCACCAGCGGACUGGAUGCUUUCAAUGCGUUCAAUGUGGUUGAAUGCCUGGUCACCUUGGCCAAGACCUACAACCGCACAGUUAUCUUCACUAUCCACCAACCCCGUUCGAACAUCGUGGCCCUCUUUGAUCGACUCAUUCUUCUCGCCGGAGGACGGACCGUGUAUUCUGGACCUUUCUCGACGUGCCAGCGAUACUUUGACCGGAUAGGAUACUCAUGUCCCCCGGGUUUCAACAUCGCAGACUACUUGGUCGACCUCACGAUGCAUGCCAGUGUCGCGCGCACAUAUACUGACGAAGUAGAGUCACCCGUUGAUAGUCGCGCUGAUCCGCCCAAGACUGCUUCUAGCAGCCUGAGAGCGGUCAAGUCGGUUGCCAGUGCCUCGAAUGUGAGCACCGAAGAUACUUCUAGCGGCGCGGCCGACACGACGGGGAGGCCCAGGAAUAAGCGACGUGUGUCCCUGAAACAGCAGCAAGACCGCCAGCUCUACUCGCGGCGAAAGGAGCCAGAGCCUCCUGCCACUCCCAAGACGGAUGAAGAGGAUGCCACGCUGGAUGUGGCCGAAAACACUCAGCAGUGGCUUCGUCUUUCUCGUCAACCGGGCAAUGUGCCUCCGCAAAUCCUCGACGAUCCGGAUCAGUUACCACCCCCGGCCUCGGGCCAAACUGACCUUGAUAUCCUGGUUGCCAGCUACGCGGAUUCUGAUGUCUGUCGCUCGGUGCAUGAUGAGAUUGUGACGGCCGUUCAAACUGCCCAGGCUGCCAAUGGCUCGUCGAACUCGCAUCUGGUGUCAGGGACUGCGGCACCACCCAAGAGCUAUGCUCGAGUCGGCUUGGUGCGGCAGUUCCUCAUUCUGUCCCAGCGAACGUGGCGCAACCUCUACCGGAACCCGAUGCUGAUGCUCACCCAUUACGCAAUUUCCAUCCUUCUCGCCGUUCUCUCCGGGUACCUCUUCUACGGUCUGACCGACGACAUCAAGGGAUUCCAGAACCGACUUGGUCUCUUCUUCUUCAUCCUGGCUCUGUUUGGGUUUAGUACUCUGACUAGCCUGACGGUAUUCUCAACGGAGCGGCUCUUGUUUGUGCGCGAGCGCGCCAAUGGCUACUAUCACCCCAUCACGUACUUUGCCGCCAAGGUUGUGUUUGACGUGGUGCCGCUGAGGCUGAUCCCUCCCAUCAUCAUGGGCGUUAUUGUCUACCCGAUGACGGGUUUGAUUCCGGCGUGGCCCGAAUUUCUGCGAUUCUUGCUCGUUCUGGUUCUCUUCAAUCUCGCGGCAGCCAACAUCUGUCUCUUUAUUGGCAUUAUUUUCCGGGAUGGUGGAGUGGCAAACUUGAUUGGUAGUCUUGUGAUGCUCUUUAGCUUGCUCUUUGCUGGACUACUGUUGAACCACGAUGCGAUUCCCAAAUCUGCUCUGUGGUUGCAAACGCUGUCCAUUUUCCACUAUGGUUUCGAAGCCCUCAUCGUUAACGAGGUGACCUUCCUCACCCUGAUUGACCACAAGUACGGUUUGGAUAUUGAAGUCCCUGGUGCGUCAAUCCUGAGCGCAUUUGGUUUCGACAAUCUCGCCUUUUGGCGUGACAUUGUCGGUCUCGCCGUGAUUUCCGGGGCGUUCAUUAUCAUUGCGUACGGCGCGAUGCAUUUCCUGCUUGUCGAGAAGCGAUAA